UCAUCACGCCAGAAGAGAAGUGCCAACAUGGCGUUUACCUUGUACUCCCUAAUUCAGGCGGCGAUUUUAUUUACUAAUGCCAUUGCUGUGUUGCACGAAGAAAGGUUUCUCAGUAAAAUUGGUUGGGGGGCGGAUCAAGGCAUCGGCGGCUUUGGAGAAGAACCGGGAAUUAAAUCUCAACUUUUAAACCUUAUCCGAUCUGUCAGGACUGUCAUGAGAGUGCCUUUGAUAAUAGUAAAUGCAGUGUGCAUCGUGUUAUUACUGCUGUUUGGAUGAAACCUGAUUUAAUAUGGACUGUGGACUAACUGGCGAAAGAAAAUGGACUGUUUUUUUUUUUUUUUUGGGUACAUGAAUUGUAAUUGUCUCCCUGUUAUAUCCUGAUCGUGCGGGUUUCAAGCUCCUAUUCCAAAGUUUUACACAUCUGGAUGUCGGUAAAUCCCGCUGUUUUAUUUGUUUUGUAUAAUGUUGCUCAGAAGAGCUUUCAAAAAAGCUCAAUUCACUCUCAGUCUUGUUUACGUGAAUCGUUCUUAAUAUCUGAGCUCUCGUUAACUGCUGAUGCCCCCGGCACUUGUGCAGCCAUAUCGUUAACUACAAACCUUUUUUAGGGCCCGUCCUUGGAGAUCUUAUUUAUCUGCAGUGUAUUGUCAGGCUUUAAAAUCAGACCCUCUCGAGAUUGAGAGUGAAAUAAAUGGUUAAGGGAGCAAGUUGUGUUUUGUGUCCUGUAACUAAAUGAACAGUCUGAUCUUGUCUGCUCUGGGGCAGUUUCAUACAAAAUUCUGUAUUCAAGACUGGUGAUGAUGUUUGAUGCUGUGGUAACCAACAUCCUCCAUGAGCCAGUCGAUGUUUGUGAGAUUUUUAAUAAAGAGGUCGUCUUUUCAUGAGUUUGA